AUGGUUCAGUUUGAAGAGAAAGCAAAGUCUUUGAAACGCUCUCUUAAUCCUUUUAGUAUCAGAAGAAUGCUUGGAGAGGAGUCGGACAGCGACACUGAAGAGUCUAGUCUGGAAGUGGUCAACAGAACCCCACAGAAUGACAGCGUCGCAGACAGAGAUAACAUUUUUGUAGAUGUUGUCAGUGAUGUUAAGGAGGAAGUUUCAGAGGCACUUUCAACAGAAGAUGGAAGAGUGUGUGAGGAUGUCAUAUCUGACACUGAUAUGGACAAAAGUGACGAUGCUGAGAGUUUCUCGGAGGAUAAGACAGAGGAAAGUAAGGGGGUGAACGACGAUGGAGAGAAGGGGAAGAGUGAAAAGAAGCCCGAGAAACCCCCAUUUAGUUACAAUGCUCUCAUCAUGAUGGCGAUCAGGAGCAGCCCCGAGAAGAGACUCACACUAAGUCAGAUAUACGAGUUUAUCAUGAAAAACUUUCCAUAUUACAAAGAUAACAAGCAAGGUUGGCAAAACUCUAUUCGCCACAACCUAAGUCUGAACAAGUGUUUUGUGAAGGUCCCCCGACACUACGACGAUCCUGGCAAGGGCAACUAUUGGAUGCUUGAUCCAUCUUGUGACGAUGUGUUCAUUGGUGGCACCACUGGGAAACUCAGGCGGAGGUCCACUCUGGCAUCACGGAGUCGACUUGCUGCUCUCAAGAGAGCUGGAUUUCCUCACCUCACCCCACCGUCCUACCCGUUCCAGUCGGACCGCCUCCACCCGUAUGCUGCCUGCACCCCCCUAUACUCACUGCCGGGCUUGGCAGGUAGUCGAUACUCGCCUCUCCCAUAUCACCCCUACCCACUACAAAUGACACCUGCCACGGUUACGUCUGAUAGAUUUUUACAGAAGAAUGGACUAAAUUUUUCGGUGGACAAACUGCUGUCGGAAACAUCCCGGUCUUCGGAAACAGGGCAGGUCCCCUGUACAAACCCCAUGUACGGGCGUCAGGAAUCGGCUCUUGCUGCGUGGCGAGCUUCCUACUUCCUACAAGGAUUCCAGGGCCUGGACCCCCAGCUCAGGGGUCUUGAGUUAUAUCAACAUCUGAAAGCAGCGCCCGUGCCGCACAUGCCAGGUCUGUCAACAUAUGCACCCCCGUCAAGACUGUCAAAGGCGAGCGGGACUCUCAUCUCAUCGCCUGAUAGUUCAUUCUCCCCGGUUUCAGUGAGUGACAAAACUACUGGCUAG